CAGGUGCUGAUCGUCAUGCCUCUGCCCCGACGCCGCUCAUCCUUCCUCGGACAGACGGCCGCCGAGCGUCCACCCUCUGCCUCCUGCGGGAGAAUGGGCUCGGCAGGCACCUCUGCCCCUCGCGGCGUCUUUGUAGGCUCCACCCCACCAGCAAGUGUUCCCUCUGGCCUGGGGACGCGGGUGUCACGGCGAGCUCUGGGCAUCAGCAGCGUGUUCCUGCAGGGGAUGAGGAGCAGCACGACACCAGUGCUGCCCCGAGGCAGCGAGCGAGCAGCGGGGAGCGGUGCGGCGGCGGGACUGAACAGCUGUUUGAUGGAAUACCGCGACAAAGUGAGAGCGCUGGAACAGCUGAACCAACAGCUGGAGGAGCAGAUCCGCCUCUGCCUGGACCGCAAGGCCUCGAGCGCCGGAGCCUGGGGACCCCUCAGGAGGGAGUGGGAGGAGGUUUACAGACAGGUGAGGGGGGAGGGUCUAAACACCUGGCUCCAUCGCCACACCGCCUCUCCUUUCUUAGAUCGUGGUGACAGUGACGCAAGUGUGACAACACAGACACAGUAGAGUCAGAAUAGACUCAGAGCACGUGUGGCAGGUGUGAUCUCCCUUCAGCUGGCUAAGGUCAUGUGAGCUGACUUCCUCUCUGAGCAGGAUGUGCGGAUCCUGUACAGUCAGAUGGCGGGACGUGAUGUGGACGAGCCCGACGCGCCCAUAGAAACCAGUCUGGACCAGAUCUUGGCCUAUAUCAGGAGCCACUGGGAGAAAGUGAUGGAGAAGAGCAGGGCUGAGACUGACACCUACCUGGACUGUAAAGAGGCACAGUGCGUGAGCAGCAAGCUGAGUCCAGAGGAGGAACAGGUGGAGGCGCUGAAGGCUGAGUGCAGCGACACCGGCUGUAAGAUCCAGAGUCUGCAGGCGGAGACCGAGUCUAUCAGAGCCCUGAAACGCGGUCUGGAGAACUCGCUGAGCGACGCCCGUCACUGGCAUGACAUGGAGCUCCAGAAUCUCGGCUCAGUGGUGGCCAAGCUGGAGGCGGAGCUAGCCGACAUACGCAGUGAAAUCGAACAGCAGCGUCGCGACUACGACACGUUGCUGAGCAACAAGCAACGGCUAGAGCAGGAGAUCGACUUGUACCACGGCAUCCUGGAUGGCGAGGAGAACCGCUUCGAGACGCUAUCUGCACUCAGAGCCCGAGGGAGCUGCUGCUCCAGACUCCAGGAGCAACCCUCCAGGAUCUCCAGGACCUGCAGCACAGUGACCCCAGAGGAAAGCCUGAGCAGGCUGACCCGGUCUACCUGUGCAGGUGUGGAGGAUGCUGGAAGUGCAGUGUGCGUUUCAGCUGCUCGGUGUGGACGUGACGUGUUGUAACGGUCUUCAGGUGAACCUGCCGAGAACACCUGAGGACCCAUCUGAGCCCGACUGGACCUCGUGUUGCUCUGUGUUAAUAAAGGUGAAUGUGACGGUGCA